AUGCCGCAGCACGGCGGCCCCCCCGAGGGAGCCCCGGCGGGCACGGCGCCGCCGGCCCGGGACGCCGGCAUCGUGGAGCUCUGCCGCGACAGCAGGUCCACCGAUUCCUCCUCUCCUCGGGGCUGUGCCGUGGCCGUGCCGGCGCCGGCCGCGGCGAGCGGGCGGAGCUUCCGCCGCGUCGCGUCGGCCGGCUCCUCCAGCGCCGCCGCGUCCUCCUCCGCGAGCGGGAACCGGUCCACGGCGACGGCGAUGCGGUACCUCGUGAGCCGGCUGGCCGUGUCGGUUCCGUUCCUGGCCGACCGGUCGAAGGCCAUCUCCUUGCCGGUUGGCCCGAUCGUCUCCGCCGUCACGGCGUGCAUCGGCGGCACCGCGUCCCAGUUUUGGGGCGGGGAGGCCCGUUUCUUGCACCAGUGGGGCUUCGAGCUGAUGCAGAACUUCGUCGGGCUCGACGCGGUCGCGAGCGCCCGGUUCGCAGAGGGCCUGCGCGCGUUGGGCGUCCAGGUCUGCUGGCUGGUCGCCGACACGAUGGCGCUGGCUGAGUCGGGCGCGCAUGUCCAGGUGCUGGCGAUCUUCACGAAGGUGCGCGCUGUCAUCUCCGCUGGCGGCACGGUGUCGACUGUCUUCGUCGCGGUCCUGGCGGUGCUGACCCCGGCGACGCUCCGCAAGGCCGUCGAGACUGGCGAGAUGCCGGACUUCGUCAGCGAGGUGGCCCAGCUGAUGGACACAGCGGCGGCGGCUGGGGGCACGCAGGAGGAGCGGCCGCAGCUCCUCGCCGAGAGCACCGGCAUCGGCUUCGCCAGCUUCGAGGAAGCCGCGGGCAAGCAGUUGGCGGCGCUGGCGACCGUCAGCUCGUUCUCCUUCGAGAAGGCACUGGCGACCAACAUGUCCGGCUCGAAGAACGAACGCCAUGACGGCGGCGGCGAGGAUCCGCUUGGCUCUCGAGGCGAUGGGCGCCAUCGGGACCUUGGCCGCGACCCCGGCUACGAGGACUGCUUGAAGAAGAUGCUCUACCUCGACAUGGAGAGAUACAUCGUGCAGGCGACGCUCCGGCGCAGCCUGACGGCCGUCGGCGCGGAUGACUGGAUCCGCGCCGACGCGAUCUCGCUGACGUUGAUGGCCGCGCUCGACGACCUCAUCGAGUGGCAGAAGGCCCAGGGCAUCUCGAUCGCGCAGAUCUCGGACACGAAGGUCUUCGGCCCUCUGCUCACGGCCAACCGCGGUCUCUCCCUGGCGUCUUUUUGGACGUCCUUGAGGUCCCCGGAGGUGAGGGAGGGCGUGACCGUGCACACGAUCCGCGCGGCGCCGGCCGCCGCCGCGGCGCCGGUCGCCGCCGCGGCGCCGGCCGCCGCCGCGGCGCCAGCCGCCGCCGGGGCGCCGGCCGGCGCGCGGGCGGGGCGCGGCGCGGGCGCGGGGCUCGGCGCGGGCGCGGCGGGCGGCCGGGCGAAGCCGGCCAGGAUGAGCGCCGAGGAGCUGGCGCGGAUCCCGAAGAACGACACGGGAGAGCCCACUUCGCGGGGCAGCAUUUGGCACGACGAGGGCUCGUGCUCCCCGUGCGUCUUCUGGGUCAACAACAAGUGCAGCAAGGGCGUGAAUUGCGACUAUUGCCACAUCCGGCACGGGGGCCGCCGCAAGAGCAUCCGGCCGUCCAAGUGGACCCGCCAGCUGAUCCGCGAGGCGCAGGCGGGCGAGGAGGUCUGA